AUGGCCAAGAGUCUGAAAACAGAAGUAACCUGCCCUGUUUGUCUGGAUUUUUUCUCCAAACCAUUUUCACUCUCCUGUGCACACACCUUCUGUUGCGACUGCAUUGAAACUUGGAUUCGAGAAAGGAAGGAGUCCGUAUUGACCUGCCCGAUGUGUCGAGAAAUAAAUGAGAAACAUUUUUUGCAAGGAUGGCAAAUUACAGCAUUGACAUUUCUCAUCAGGCAGCAUGGUCCCCUACUGGAAGAAAGACUGCACUUGAGUGAUGGACUCCUGAGGUCCCGAGACGAUAUGACCCUGGAUGCAGCUACUGCCAACUCCUUACUUGUCCUCUCCAGUGACCUCAGGAGUGUUCAGUGUGGGAAGAUCUGCAACAACCCAAUGGAAGAUCCUAAUAGAUUCACCCACAUGACCUGUGUCCUUGGCACCCCCUGCUUCUCCACUGGCUGCCAUUACUGGGAGGUGGAAGUGGGAGAGGGGAAAGAAUGGUCUCUGGGUGUCUGCAAGGAGUCUGUGGACAGAAAAGGGAAGAGCAGUUUAUCCUCUGAGCUUGGCUUCUGGACCAUUAGCAUGAGCGCAGGGGCAAUCUGCAGCAGCUCCUUUCCACAGACCAGAAUUUCUGCAAGCUCUAGCCUUCACUGUGUGGGAAUUUUCCUGGAUGUUGACAUGGGAGAAGUAAAGUUUUUUGAUGUUAGAAAUGAUGCCCUCAUCUAUACACAUAGUGACCUCUCCUGUUUGGAGCCUCUGCACCCGUUCUUCUGUCCUGAGCUGCCUGGAGAAGGUGACAGUGGAGCCCCCUUGAGAAUCUGUCCAUGA